GCAGCUGCUAACGGAAGUUACGGAACACAUGUCUGAAAACAACAUGGAGGAGAAAGUUGAGCAAGCUACAAACAGUAAAAAUGUAUCUCUGCCUAUGUCGAGGGUGCGAUUAAUCAUGAAAAGUUCUCCCGACGUGUCCUGUAUUAACCAGGACGCUCUUUUCUUGACAACAAAGGCAACGGAGCUUUUUGUACAGCACUUGACUCUGUCCUCAUAUAAAAAUGGUUCGGGUAAAGAGACAAACACACUGUCAUACAGUGAUCUGGCCAAUGCAGCUGAGGAGACGGAAACAUUCCAGUUUUUAACCGAUAUCCUUCCUAAGAAAAUCUUGGCCAGAGACUAUCUGAAGUCACUGGAAGAAAUGGAAAAAGAUGAUGACAACCUGUAGUGAAGUACAGCAAGUCGGAGGAAAUCACUGUGAACUGGUCCUGACCACUUCCUCUCUAAAACAGUGGAUAAAACCAUAGGGCAUUGUCUUACAAAUCAGGACAUUUCACAAAAAGAGUUGUACUUUUACACCUCUGUUGUUUUAGAGAGGUAAUGUGCGCGUUUUACAUAAUGUAGUCUGUAUGUUUUAGCACCCACUUACACUAUGCCGUGUGUCAAAAUGUCCAAUAGAUUCACAGCUGAACCACUCGGAGUCCUGGAAACCAGGUUAUAUGGUGUUUCGUCAUGCAUCAUUGGGGUUUUAUUUAUGCUUGACACCAUGAUUUGUAUGUUUAGGGAAGAUCCAAACAUCUGUCCAGUCCAUUUCAUUCAAUGUGAAAUAAGACCUUGCUCAUAUGCAUACGUAAAAUGAUUUUCUAAGGGGGUGAAACGUAUCUUAGAGAUAUAUUUCAUGACUAUGCUUUAACAUUUUAACCACUGGUGAUAAAAAUGUGUUUAAUACUUGACUCUGGACUGCAGCUUAAGAUUUAUAUAGUGCACUGUAGAGUUUUUAAAUGCUUGAACAGUUAGAAUUUUGUAUUUUGAAUAAAUACUUUUGCUGAUUA